CCAUAGCAACAGUCGCCGCCAUUAAUAACAUGAGACAGUCGCUCUAAACCAACCUAAAUGUAGUUUAAAUUAUUUUGUGGGCGACAUAUCUAAAUAUGAAAAUAAUUUAAAUUACAUUAACCAGGAUAAGCGACGUGAAGGACAGAAAAUCAUCAUCACUGUUACCAUGGCAAAGAGUCCGCAUCUUCAGUCUGAGGACUCAUCAAAGAAAAAAGAGAAAAAGAAGGCAAAACCAGCUGCCAGCGAGGACAGCGUUAAACAGAUUGUGAAGGACAAGAAGAAAAAGAAGAGGAACAGGACUGAAGAUGAGGAGCCUGAGGUGUGUGUUCCUGCUGACAAUGUCAUAGAAGUGAAGAAAAAGAAGAAGAAGAAGCAGAAGGAAACCGAUGCAAAUGACAGCACAGAAUUUAUAAGCACGAGUUCAGACGGUUUAAAGUGUGUAGAAGAUAUGCAGCAGCCUGCAGAAGAAAAGAUGGAUGUGGAGAAGGAUGAGAUGGAAGAGCUGACCCCAGAGGAGAUACGGGUACUGGAGAGGAAGUUGAAAAAGAUCAGACGAAAGGAAGAGAAGAAGAGAUUACGAGAGGAAGGAAACAGUACAAAGGAGGAGAAAAAGAUCCAGAAUGUUGCCCAGACACAGGCUCUCAGUUACCUCACAUGUUGGUCAGAGAAGCGAGAGGAGUGGAAAUUUCAGAAGACGAGGCAGGUGUGGUUACUGCAGCACAUGUAUGACAGUGAAAAGGUGUCUGAUGAUCAUUUUGCAGUGUUGUUAUCGUAUGUGGAGGGUCUGCAAGGAGUUGCACGAGAGACCACUGUGCAGAAAGCAGAGGCACUAGUCCGAUGGGACGGACAGGAUGGUUCAGAAGGCAGUGCUACCAGAGAAGAAGCCCAGAAAAGAGCUCACAGAGCCAAAGAGAUCGUUCAGAUUCUCUCAUGAUCACCAGAGCAGCUUCCCUCUAUACCUGUCUGUACAGCAGAGCCUCUAAUUACAAACCAUGAGGACUCUUAAAUUCUGAGCUGAGCCAGUAGAGGAUAACACACACACAAUGUACCCAGUAGUGCGAAGAAGAACCACAGACACAUGUAAACCUGUAAAUAUCUGAUGUUAAAGUGCUUUUAUAAUAAAGAUGUUUCAUUUUGUGUCACAUAAAAA